AUGGGGCUCAAAGAAUUUGCUGUGAUUUUGAUGUGUGCACUGGCUGCUAAUGCCAACAUCAUUAUCGAUGAUACUGGUAGUACAGUAGCAGCUACCGUCAGUAGCACCGACUCAUCAAGCACUGAAGCAACUGUGAGUGAGAAGAUCAACUUAUCUUUGGCAUCGAGCGACAUUGCUAGUACCUCCGCUAAGAACAUCGAAGAUGAGCUCUACAACGAAGUCGUCUCAAGAGAUUUCGACAAGGCGGUAUAUCGGACCGCGAUAUUGUACGGAGCAGGACACGACUCUAUUAUUUCGAAUGUCGUUCACCGGCUCAUCAAUGACGGCCAGUCCCAAAUAUUUGAUUACGCAUACAAACUCACAGCUUCCAGGGGUACAUUCAUUGUCCGAGCACUUUUCCCUAUUGAGAUACGAAUGCACGAAGACCUGCUGUUCGUUAAAAUAAUUAGCUAUAAGUACGAUUUUGCUCUCAAAUACAGUCGUGGCGUAGACUUCGCCGGUGAUAAAACAGCCUAUGGUGAUUCUGACACCAGUACCAGGUUUAAAGUUACGUGGAAGUUUGUUCCUUACUGGAUAGGCGAUAGAGUAUACUUCAAGAUUCGUCCAAUAGAUAUUGCGUACUUUUUGAAGCUUGGGAAUACGAGAGACAGAGACGGUGACCACGGAGCUUAUGGAUCUACUAACCACGACACAGACAGGCACUUGUGGUACGUCAAGCCAGUUAGACAUAAUGGCAAGCUUCUGUUCUAUAUCAUCAACAAGGAGUACGACGAACUCUUGAAGCUCGGAAAAUCAAAGGACUGGGAUGGUGAUCGUGUAGCCUAUGGGCACUCGGAAAAGGACUUUAACCCAGACAAAUUCGCUUGGUACAUUAAAUUGAUAUAA